AAAAAAACCUAAUUGGAUGGGGGAUAUUGUUUGGAAUGGUCUUUUGGAGAAGUGGAACAUGCCACUGUAUAGACAAAAAUGUGAAACGGCCAAAAAAAACAGGACAUCUGACAAGGGUGGUUGUUUGCACACUAGGGGUUCCAUUAGCGUGCAUGAACAUGCAAUUCGUCUGUCACAGGAGCUUGGUCGUUCAGUGCAUGUUGAUGAAAUAUUUCAGCAGACACAUAUUCGAGCAUCAACAGGAGAAUUUGUCGAUGAAAGGUCUAGGCGGACACAUGAAGAGUUUGAAGCAAAAUUUUCUCAAAUAAGAUCUGAGACAGCAUCUGUUGGUGCUUCAACAAGUGCUCCCCUAGACCCUGCAGAUGAGGAAAGAUUGAGGAACCAAUGUUGGUUGGACGUUGCUGGUGGAAGGUACAAGGGACGCGUAUACGGCAUCGGAAAUGUCAGUGCUCAAGAUGACUGUGUUGAUAGUUACAUACAACAGACACAAGCAUCUUCUUCUCAGCAACCGAUGGUAGAGGACAUUUUUAACCUCCACACACGAGUAUCAACCCAUGAUGACCAACUUCGACAGAUGAACUCUCAAUUGCAAGGCUUUAUUGGCGUCAUAAUGCAGUACCUUCCGCCUCCUGCAGUCGCAAUUGCACAACAAUUUUUUCAAUCCCAAAAUCAGCCACAACCUAAUGUUCAACCACAGCAACCACAGCAACCACAGCAACCACAACAACCACAGCAACCACAGCAACCACAACAAGCACAGCAACCAACAGAUCAACCACAAGAUGAUAAUGUUUAUGGAGAUUAUUAGUUAUAUUCUUAGAAGUAGGGCAUCUAUGACUCAA